AGAAUGAGUGGUGGUAGUUAUGGAGGAGGAAGCUUUGGGGGUGGCAGCUUUGGUAGCGGUGGUGGCUUUGGUGGUGGUGGCUAUGGUGGAGGUAGUUUUGGUGGAGUGGGGUUUGGUGAAGAUGCCGGCUUGCUCUCCACAAAUGAAAAGUUGACCAUGCAGAACCUUAAUGAUCGCCUGGCUUCUUACUUGGAUAAAGUGCGACACUUGGAGGACGAAAACACUCGUCUUGAACAACUGAUCAGGGAGUGGUAUAAAAAUCAAGGUCCCACUUCGACCAGGGACUACAGCCAAUAUUACAGAACAAUUGAAGAACUGCAAAACCAGAUUGUUGGUGCAAAUGUGGACCUUAACAAGAUCCUUCUUGACAUUGACAACACCAGAAUGACUGUGGAUGACUUCAGACUGAAAUAUGAAACUGAAUACACUCUCCACCAGAGUGUGGCAAGUGAUAUUAAUGGAUUACGUCCACUUCUGGAUCAACUGACUCUAUCCAGAUCUGACUUGGAGACACAGUUUGAAUCCCUAAAAGAGGAAUUGAUCUAUCUUAAGAGGAACCAUGAAGAGGAAAUGAAAGGACUGCAAACACAAUCUAGUGGUGAUGUCAAUGUGGAGGUCAAUGCUACUCCUGGCAUUAAUUUGAUGGAAAAAUUAAAUGAAAUGCGUUCCGAAUACGAACGGCUUAUUGAGAACAACCGGAGAGAGGUGGAAAGCUGGUAUGAAACCAAGAUGGAAGAAGUUAAUCAACAAGUCCACUCCAGUGGCCAGGAGAUACAAUCAAGUAACCAACAGAUCUCUGAGCUCAGGCGUGAAUAUCAAAGCCUGGAAAUUGAGCUGCAGUCGCAAAUCAGCAUGGUAGACUCUUUGCAAUCCACCUUGGAAGACACAGAACGUCGCUACAGCAUGCAGCUGCAGCAGAUCCAGGCAAUGAUCACUCCCUUGGAGGAGGAGCUGGCCAGCAUCCGCUGCGAGAUGGAGAGUCAGAAUGAAGAGUACAAGAUGCUGCUGGGCAUCAAGACCCGCCUGGAACAGGAGAUUGCUCAGUACCGGGCACUGCUUGAGGAAGGGCAGCAAGACCUUGUAAUCCCAGCAGGAGGAAUGGGAGGAGGAAUGGGAGGAGGCAUGGGAGGAGGCAUGGGAGGUGGUAGAAUAGGAGGUGGUGGCUAUUCUUCUGGAGGAGGAAGAGGAGGAGGAAGUGGUAGCAUGAGUGGUGGAUAUGGAGGUGGUGGUGGCAUUUCCUCCAGCAGUGGAAUGGGAGGAGGAAUGGGAGGAGGAAGUGGUGGAGGAGGAAUGGGAGGAAUAGGAGGGGGAAGCGGUGGUGGAUGCAGUAGUGUUGUUGGAGGAGGAGGAGGAGGAGGAGGAGGAAGGAUGUCAGGAGGCGUCAGCAGUUCCCACUCCUACUCUUCAUCUUCCCAGUCUCAGUCCUGCAGGAGUGGUGGUGAAAGCCAAGGGUACGGAAGAAAAUCUUUUGACUAA